AUGAAUGUUGCUAUGAUUCCAAGUAGGCUAAUCUCACAUUUGCAACCAUUAGAUAUAUCUUUAAAUAAAGCAUUUAAAGCAAAGAUCCGCCAUCAUUAUACUUAUUGGAUAAAUGAAGCUAUAAAAGAAUACAUGUCAAAGACAACAAUAUGGAUCAAAGAAGCGUGGAAUGAUAUUGAUCCUGCAAUAAUUCAAUAUUUAUUUAAAUACUGUAGGAUUUCUACAGAAAUAAAUAGUUUUAAAGAUAACUCAAUUUUUAACUUUGAAAGAGUUUUAGAUAAAAAAAGAAAAAUUGGUAUUGUAGAAAUAGAAAAAAGUGAUUCAGAAGAUGUAAAAGACUUAGAAGACAAUAAAAAUAAUAAAAAUGAUCCAGAAUUUUGUGAAUACUAUAAAAAUGAAGAAGGAAAUUAUAUUAAUAUUUGGAAUUAG